AUGCUUGUCUGGAUCGCGAGGGAAGCCAGCAAGUUAGAGGAGGGGAGUGGCCUUCACGUGACAUGUUCGACCCUUUUCUUGACGAGCUUUAACUUGCUGGGGAACUUGAUGCUACUACGUGACAUGUUUGAACCUGAAUCAAAUGAAGGUUCGAAGAUUUUCAUGACGAUGAUGGGUUUGAGGGAGUGGUUGGCCCACGCUGAUGUAGUUGACUUGUUCCCCUGGUUGAGAUGGUUGGACCCACAACGUCUUCAAAGGAACAAGGAGAGAGAUAUGGGAAAAAACUUAGAAAUCGCUUUCAAGAAACCUUCCUGGUUGGUUCAGAGACUACGAGCAUGCAGCAUUAUCGAAUGGGCCUUGACGGAGCUGCUAUGCAACCCGAAGACGUUAAGUAAGGCCAGAGCAGAGCUGAAAGAAGUGGUUGGGGAUGCUCAGGUUCUUGUAAACGCGUGGGCAAUCGGAAGAGAGCCAGAUGCAUGGGAAGACCCAUUGGCCUUUAAGCCUGAGAGGUUUUUGGGUUCCAAGAUUUGA